AAUUGCAGGAGAUUUUCUUCAACGUAUAAUUGAUAUGUUUUACAUCAGUCACAAUGAUGUGGUUUGACAGUUAUUGCAGAUUAGUCAUGCGAUAAGAGGACAAAUGAUAAAAGGUGGCGAUGUCUCGGGGUAGUUCUUUGUGCGCGCUCAAUGCCCCAAGAACUCUUCGCCUCGAAGAAAUACAAAUAGUUGAAUAGAAAUAGUUCAAGUGUUAAAUGUAAAAAAUGUUGUUGACCAAGUAUUGGAGCAUCGAUUUGCUCAUGGGGUUUGGCUUGCUGGUGGUGCUGGCGUAUCUGUACAUGACCCGCAAGUUCAAGUACUGGAAAAACCUAGGGGUGAUGGGCCCAGAGCCUACGCCAUUCGUCGGAAAUUUUAGUGACUGCUUCAAGAUGAAAAAGAGUGCUGGGGAAUGGCUUCAGGAUCUCUAUAAUUGGGGUGCGGGACUCCCUUACAUCGGAUUCUACGUAUUCGAUCAGCCCUUCUUUCUCGCUCGGGAUCCGGAGAUCAUCAAGAAUAUUCUCGUGAAGGACUUCAAUUACUUUCAGGACAGGUUCGUCCAGACUAGCUCUGAGGAUCGCCUUGGGGAUGCCAAUCUGUUCCUCAUCAAGAAUCCAGCGUGGAAGUACCUCAGGGCUAAAAUUACACCGAUCUACACAUCUGGGAGACUGAAGAAAAUGUUUGAGCUCAUGACUGAAGUCAGUCGUGAUCUCAAUGCGCACAUGACGAGUCUUCCUUGGAACGGAGAUAAUAUUGUGAUGGAGAUGAAAGAGCUCUGCUCCAAGUACACGACGGAUUUAAUCGGCACCACCGCAUUUGGUCUCAAAGUCAAUUCCCUCAACAAUCCAGAUGCUGAAUUUCGUAAACGAGGGCGUGCCAUCUUCAACUUCACUUUUUACAGAAAUAUCGAAGUGACUAGUAUGUUUUUCGCUCCACACAUCGCAAAGUCCCUCAAGUUUCAAUUCUUCUCACCUGAUACUUCUAAUUUUCUGAGGACUGCCGUCUGGGAUACCCUCAACGAGAGAGAGCGCUCUGGAAUCAAGAGGGGCGAUCUUAUCGAUCUCCUCCUCGAGUUGAAGAAGACGCAGGCACCUGGACCUGAAAAAGAGCUAUUUGAUUUCGAUGGUGAUAAUUUAGUGGCACAGGCAGCAGUAUUCUUCACAGCUGGCUAUGAGACAUCUGGAACGACAUUGAGCUUCACACUUUAUGAAUUGGCUCGUCAUCAAGAUAUUCAAUCAAAAUUGAGAAAUGAAAUUGCUCAAGUCCUGCAGAAGUCACAGGGAAAAGUAACGUAUGACCUGAUAUCGGAAUUAUCGUAUUUGGAUAUGGUAGUCUCGGAGACUCUCCGGAAAUAUCCACCCCUGCCAGUCCUGGAUCGUGUGGCAGCUCAGGAUUAUCAAGUGCCUAAUUCCAAGUUGAUCCUGAGAAAAGGAACUCCAGUUUACAUCUCGGUAUUUGGACUCCAUUUCGAUCCCCAGUAUUUCCCCAAUCCCCAGAAAUACGACCCCGAGCGAUUUAGUCCUGAGAAGAAGAAGAAAAUACCCUCUGGUGUUUAUCUGCCCUUCGGAGAUGGUCCUCAUGCUUGUAUCGGUCUUCGAAUUGGUCUUCUGCAAGUAAAAUUGGGGCUCAUCGAGUUGAUCCAGAAAUUCGAAUUUUCUCCCUGUGAGAAAACCCUCGUCCCCAUGCGAUUGAACCCAAAAGCCCUGAUCACAGCAUCAGACGGUGGAAUUUUCCUGAACGUUCGGAAAAUCACAUCAAAUAUUCUCGUGACGUGCCAGGGGAAUAAAGACGUGAAGAUGACGUUUUUGGGGGAUAAUUGGGGGCUGGAGGUAGUAAUUCUGGUGGUGUUGAUUAUUUAUCUGAUAUAUCGGUAUAUGAUGAGGAAUUCUGAGUACUGGAAAAAUCGAGGGGUCGUGUACCUUCCGCCGACUUCGGUUUUUGGGAAUUUCGGGGAGUUUCUUCUGGGGAAAACGUCAGCUGGAUGUUUCACGAAGAUGGUGUAUGAUUAUGCACCCAAUGAGCCCUACGUUGGGUUCUUUAUAUUGGACCAGCCGAUGCUGAUGAUCCGUGAUCCAGAGAUCGUUAAGCAGAUUCUCAUCAAGGACUUUGAUUAUUUCAAGGAUCGAUAUGCCAAUGCCCCGGCAUACGACGUCAUUGGUACCUCGAAUUUAUUUGUAUUGAAGAAUCCUGCGUGGAAGUUCUUGAGGCACAAAAUAUCACCGAUUUACACCUCUGGGAGGCUCAGAAAGAUGUUAACACUCAUGAUCGAAGUCGGCCACGAUCUCGUUACGUAUAUGGAGUCCCUGAAUCUAGAAGCUCCAGGACGAGAGUUGGAGCUAAAAGACAUUUGCGCUAGAUUUACAACGGAUAUGAUAGCAACAACGGCUUUUGGACUGCGAGCGAAUUCCCUGAACAACCCCAAUGCCGAGUUCAGGGAAAGUGGAAAGGAAUUCUUCAGGGACACCUUCUACCGCAGCGUCGAGCAUAAUUCAGGAAUGUUCGCUCCUUAUCUCAUGUCACCCCUGGGGUUUCACUUUUUUCCAAAAAAAUUCAGUCAAUUUAUGCGGAUGGCUGUGUGGGGUGCUAUCAAUGAACGGGAAAAAUCAGGGUUUAAGAGACAUGACCUCAUUGAUCUGCUCACUGAAUUGAAAAACGCUGAAUUUGAUGAUUCUCAUAACAAUAUUUUUGAGUUCAAAGGUGAUAAUAUUGUUGCUCAGGCGGCUGUAUUUUUCGCGGCAGGAUUUGAAACUUCUUCAACUACCAUAAGUUUUUCACUUUACGAAUUAUCUUUAAAACCGGAAGUGCAGAGACGUGUCAGGAAGGAAAUAAUUGAUGCUGUCGAAGGAAAUCACGGAGAAAUCACAUACGACAUGAUCAUGCGCCUUCCGUACUUGGAUAUGGUGGUGUCAGAAACUCUUCGCAAAUACCCACCAUUACCCUUAUUGGAUCGCAUCGCGGAUGCGGAUUAUGCGGUUCCUGGAACCGAUCUCAUUAUCGAAAAAGGAACACCUGUUUAUAUAACAUUGACAGGUCUCCAUUACGAUCCGAAAUACCACAAAGACCCCGAGAUAUUCGAUCCCGAAAGAUUUUCAGAAAUCAACAAAGAGGCCACCAAACAAACGUGGUAUCCAUUUGGCGAUGGUCCCCACGUUUGCAUCGGUCAGCGAUUGGGACUUGCUCAAUCUAAAUUGGGCCUCAUAGAAUUGCUGCGAAGGUACGAGUUCUCGCCCUCGGAUAGAACUCCAAUUCCAAUGGUACUUAAUAAAAAAGGGGUAAUGACAAGCGCUGAAGGGGGUCUAUACCUCCACGUGAAGAAACUCGACCCACAAAACAAUUGAUAUUCAAUAAUUAAUAAAUACGAAGUAAUCAAACUA